AUGGCACAGGCACCCACAAAUGGCAAAAAGCGCACGACGAUGCGCGCCAAAGUCGCCGCAGCCUCACGACCCGCAACCACAGCUCCCAGUGCCACAACCUCGUCCUCAAACACAAAAGCCGGCAAGCGAGCCUUGAAACACGACACACUCAUCUCGCGCAUCGAAAAGUCACAAAAGAAGCCUUUGAAGCGCCGCCGUCCGGGAAAGAAACUGAAUACGGCUUUGGACUCGCUGGCAGAUGCUUUGCCGGAGCUCGAGGAAAACACUGAUGAUGAGUGGGAAGGCAUUGAUGAGGAUGACAAGACAGAUGGCAUGAAUGGCGCGUUGGGGGAUUUGAGCAAGAUGGUCAGAGUCAGAAAGGCAAAGCCGGCGGAUGGAAAGAUGAAGCUGAAGACGUUGAAAUCACGACCCGGUGCCUUGAAGAGAAAGCAAAAGAUGGAGGAGAGCGAGAAGGAGAGAUUUGGAAAGAAUUUGGCAAGCAUGAGUGUGCCUGCUCAAUCUGCCCCUGACGCCAGCGCUUCCUCCGACAGAUGGGCUGCGCUGCGUGGUUUCAUCGGUCAGACUCUGGAGCAGAAUCCUGGUUUUGCCAAGAAGGCUUGA